CUCAUUCAAACACAAACACACACUCUCUCUCUCUCUAAAGCCACAUGCAACUGUGAUUAACUGAAUUAUCCAUUAAUUCCCUCAGACAGAAGAAAAAAAAAAAGAUUAUUCUUUUCCGGCAAGAGAUGCGAAAAAGAAUCAAACCUUCAUCGUAAUCAGAUCGUUCUUGGCUUAUGAAUCAAAUCUUUAAGACAAGAACGUAAUAAAAAAUAAAAAGAGAGGAUGACGACGAUCUCAGUUUUGAAUCCUGAUCACAUAAACUCCGAGCUCUCCAAACCAACGUCGAUCUUCGGCCUCAAGCUUUGGGUCGUCAUCGGAAUCUUACUAGGAUCUCUCAUAGUCAUCGCCCUCUUCUUCCUCUCCCUCUGCCUCACCUCUCGCCGUCGCAACCGCAAACCCCGUCACGUCGAUUUCGCCUCCGCCGCCGUCGCAACGCCGCCGGUCUCCAAAGAGAUUCAGGAGAUCGUCCGUCCUCCUCAGGCGCAGGACCAUUACCACCACCCGACGCAGCCUGAGAUCCAAGUCGAUAUCGGGAAGGUGGAGCACCGUGUUGUGUUCUCGGAUCGAGUCUCGAGCGGUGAAAGCAGAGGAACGGUUAGUGCAAGUGAAACGGCGUCGUAUUCAGGGAGUGGUUGUGUGGGGCCGGAGGUGUCGCAUCUCGGUUGGGGGAGGUGGUAUACUCUGAGAGAGUUGGAAGCUGCGACGAAUGGUUUGUGUGAAGAGAAUGUGAUCGGAGAAGGAGGUUAUGGGAUUGUGUAUCGUGGGAUUUUAAGUGAUGGAACUAAAGUCGCUGUCAAGAAUCUGCUUAAUAACAGGGGUCAAGCGGAGAAGGAGUUUAGAGUGGAAGUAGAAGCGAUUGGGCGUGUACGGCAUAAGAACCUAGUUAGGCUUUUAGGGUACUGCGUUGAAGGUGCAUACAGGAUGUUAGUGUAUGACUAUGUUGAUAAUGGUAACUUAGAGCAGUGGAUUCAUGGUGAUGUUGGUGACAAAAGUCCUCUGACUUGGGAUAUUCGUACCAACAUAAUACUCGGCAUGGCAAAAGGAUUGGCGUAUCUGCACGAGGGUCUUGAACCGAAAGUGGUUCAUAGGGAUAUUAAAUCAAGUAAUAUCUUACUUGAUCGUCAAUGGAAUGCUAAGGUAUCAGAUUUUGGACUCGCUAAGUUGCUGUUUUCCGAGAGUAGUUACGUGACAACCCGUGUCAUGGGAACUUUCGGUUAUGUCGCACCAGAAUAUGCUUGCACGGGACAGCUGAACGAGAAAAGUGAUAUCUAUAGUUUCGGGAUAUUGAUUAUGGAGUUGAUCACUGGAAGAAACCCGGUUGAUUAUAGUCGACCUCAAGGAGAGGUGAAUUUGGUUGAGUGGCUGAAAACUAUGGUUGGAAACAGAAGGUCAGAGGAAGUAAUCGACCCAAAAAUAGUUGAACCGCCAUCAUCAAAGGCUCUUAAACGCUUGUUGCUAGUUGCAUUGCGUUGUGUUGACCCUGAUGCUAAUAAGAGACCUAAGAUGGGUCAUAUUAUACACAUGCUUGAAUCUGAAGACUUGUUUUAUCGCGACCAGGAGCGUCGUGCAGUGAGGGAGAAUGAAAGCCGCGAUCAUAACCAGAUACAGGCUGCGAUUUCAGCAGCCUGAGACCAGCGGAAGUGACAAUUCAAGAGACCGUAGAUAAAAAAGAUGUUCCGGCCACUAAUUUUUCAGUUUUUUUUUCUUUUGUUUUUUUUUUUUUUGGUUUAAUCAAUUUUUAAUUGUUUAUGUGUGACAAAAAUAUUAU